GUGGCACCAGCGACCAGCUACACGACGCAGGCGAGUGUGUGCGUUCGCGCGGCUCUUGGUGCCGGUGGGCCUCUUACACUCCACUCAGUUCGCGCCGGGCGUCAGUGACUUCGCGUCCGUCGAUCCGAUCGGAUCCUCUCCAAAAGGUGCGCGCGUUCUUUCUGGUAGGACCAGAAGAUACCCGGGCUCGUUCGAUCAUCGCCUUUAGGCAACCGAAACGAGACCACCGCGAUGCAGGGCGACCUCGGCCGACAAGGUGUCUGAAGGAUAUCCCCGCGGGAUUCUCUCUCUACCUCUUUCUCUAGCCUUCGCCUUUCCUCGCGGGAUACGGUAGGUCCUGUUCGUAGGCUACCAGGAUGCAGCUCAGACCCAGUUAUCGAGGCGUCUGAAGGCACCCCGCGGCCCGCACGGCUCGGCAUAAAGCAAUAAAAGUGCCCGCGCGGCCACGAGAUAUAUCUCGCGAGGCUCGCGUAAGAAACGGCGAAAGAAAGCCGACUGCACCGGUAAAUCAUAAACGCCACGGGGAUCGAACCCCACGGGAGAUAACUGCCUUCGCGUCAAGAGAUAGAGAGAGAGAGAGAGAGAGAGAGAGAGAGAGAGAGAGAGAGAGAGAAAGAAGAGGGUGAGGAGCCGAGCGCGCGCGGCUCGGUUAACCGAGCGGGAUUCAUCAUUCGAUCGUGCGUUCCAUCCAUCGGAUCCAUCUAUCCUCGGACACGUCGAAAACGAAACAGCCCGGAAGAGGAGAGCCCGUUCGUCGUUCAUCAUCGGGAGCAGGACGUCCGGAAGGUUACCUCGCCCACGCUUCUCGCCCGCCAUUGUGAACAUCGUCGAUAGAUCCUGAUAGUUUCCCCCAUAGUAAAGAGAUACGCGUGCAUAAGCGCUCGUCCACUUCUCUCGCGAGUGAUCAUCACGGAUAUACUACCGCCGGUAGAUCGUAAUAGUCUAAGGGAAAACUGCACUAAGGAGAGAUGCGCCGCCUUGCUCUCGCAACGGUGUUUACCGUCGAGGAUAUUAUCGACAGAUCGUGAUAGUUUUGCCGUAACGCGUUUGCGCUACCGUCCCGCGAUCGACCGCGGGAGGAGAUGAUCCACCGCGAGUGUGAAAAGUGUAAAGCGGAAAGUGGCAAACCCGCGAGGCGGCUCGAAGCUGAUCGCCUCCUCGACAGUGCCGCCGACUCGCAGGAACGAUCGACGAUCGGUGUUUCGUUCGGCGCGGUGUUUCGUCGACGGUGUUUCGUGAUCCUCGAUCUCACUACGCGCUGUUGCCCCGGGCAACAGUUUAGUGGCCAGUGAACGGAGUUUCACGUAUUGUUUGUAACGGGAUGAACGAGCCGGCUCUAAUAUCCGCUGCAAAUCAAUUUUACGCCAUUCGAUGAAGGAAAUCGAUUUUAUCGCUCGAGAUAUAUGUAUAUAAAAGUAACGACCGCUUAGCUCUUCGUGUGCAUAAUUGGAUAUCUUCUUCUUCUUCUUCUUCUUCUUCUUUGCGCGCGGUAAUUUUACGCGAGGAUUGCCUGACGCUCGCAAAGUGUCGAAAAUAACUCAGCACCGAAAGGGUUAAUGUCACUAUCAUCGCGCCGCGAGACGGAAAGUGACGGUCGCCGGGCGACCGCGGCGGAGUGACAUAAUUGAAGAAGAAAGUGCCAGCGCGUCCGAACCCGUUAUUAAGCGGUAAUGAACGGGUGCCGAGGGGGGAGCGAAGAUGCCUUCGAAAGCAAACGCCGUGCUCGCUCCGCCACCACGAGGAUUAAAUGAUGCUAAGCCCUCGAGCUCCGCGGCGUCAUCGUGAGGAGGACUAUCUCGCUUGAAUCAUCAGCCUUAGUCGCGUCAAUUUUCUGAUCCCGACAUCCCGCCGGCCUGUCUGAACCGCACGUUCACCUUCCGAUGUUCCCCGGAACCGUUCGCGCGGUGACGCUGUUUCGAAACGCGUGAGAGAUCAUGUCGUCGAACGGCGAAUUCUCGACGAUGUCCAGCGAGGAGAUGCCUUCGCUGCCCAAAUCCCUCCCGAGUUCGAGGGAGGCCACCGCCGAAGGUUGUUCCGGCUCGAGCGGCGGAUACAUGCCGCUACGGGAGUUCCUCGAUCGAUUCUCGCUGCCGAGGGUCGUCAGACUCGAGGGCACCAGCGGCAGACCGGUGCUCCUGUACAAGCAGCAACAGCGAUCGCUGAGAGUCACGGCGAGCCUGCUGAUACACCGGUACCGGCAUGACGUCAAGGUGGGACCGGAGAUCGUCAUCCCGGAGGGUUAUCCAGGAUGGUUUUCUGUGAUAUCUGGCAAUAACACGACGGGCAGCGCGCGCGUCUAUCGAAGGGUGGACUCCUUGGUGAAGACGGGGGUACCCGCUUUUCUAUUAGCGACGCCUCUGAGAGCCUACACGCUGACGCACUCGAAAAUGGAGAAUGGAAAUCUACGGGCCCAUUACACGAAGACGACGAUCAGAGCCGGCGAGAUACUGCGGCUCGUAGCGGUCUUCCAGGAUACGAGGCGCUGCAGCUCGGUCUCCUUCGGCAUUUCCGGGGGGUGUCCCGAGAAGGACCAGUACGCGCAAUGCAUCGAUCUUCACGGGCGAGAGGUGUUCGCCUCCCUGUCGACCAGGGGCGAGUUCUACGCGAUUUGUCAAGGUGGAAACGUCGACACUGGCAGCGACGCGGUGCUUUACAAGGUUCACCACCUCGUCAAGAGACAGUUGCCUCUUAGAGUACGACUGAUAGCGGGACCGCUGCCAGUGCCGUUACCGAAGGAGUACGGCGGUCUAAUGCAAUUGGAAACGUCGACGCGUGGCCCGAUAGUGUUGGGCUGCGUCGUUCCCGAGAGACCGGUGCAUAAUCCAGAAAUGCUCGAAUUGGUCGUGUCCGGUAACGGAGCGCCGAGAGUGCGAAGGGCUCGAUUGGGUUACCCUUCGGAGGCGAGAUUGCUAGCCUCGCCGAAAAUGCAACGAUUACUAUCGGCCUGCAGUCGAACGGUCGGAGAUCGAGCAACAGAGCCACGAGUAGCGCCCACGAAGCUGCACUCGCCGACUGUGGAAAGCCUGAAAGAGAUGCAUCUGAAAAAGAUUAAGCCGAAACCGGAGACCAAACCGAUUCUGCAGAGUCUAAAGGAUGGACUGGAACACCUGAAACGAAGUUCCGUCAAAGAGCGGAGCCAGCAGACGAAACAGAGCACCGGGAACGGCAUUCUGGAGAGAAUCUCGAAACUCACUCAGGGCAAUAGGAAUCGCAACCCAGCGAAGAAGUCAGCCUCCUUCACAUUCGCGGUGAGACCGGAGAUAGCCAUGAGAUCUCAGGAGCGUUACUCCAGUCUGGAGCCGGAAACUACCUCUCAACAGACCCGCCAGAAUCAAAACGCCAAGCAGCCGGUGCAGAGAUCCGUGUCGACCAGCGUGUUGGAGAUCCCGUGCGUCGAGCUACAGCCUAACUAUUCUCACGUGAGGGACAGCUUAACGCCGCUGCCGAAACAAGUCAAGACCAGUAGCAAUAAAACCGAGGAGAUCUACGCUGAGAUCUGCGAUACCGCAAUGGCGAACCAAGCGCAGAAAUGUCCAGGAAGCCAUGUGAUGGCGCGAAUCAGAAUCGUCGUGCAAGGCGGAGACUCGUCCUUAGGAGCACACAAUGUGAUCGGCAACGAAAGAUAUGUGAAUUCGAUGGUGGCAAGCGAGCAAAUCGACUCGAUUAUCAGUACAGAGGACGAAGUGAUUUAUAACACUGUAUUCUGAAAUUGGAAUGACGUACAAAAUGCAUUUAUCAUAUUUAUAUGUAAGCGGAAAAGAGAUUUCAUUGUAACACGAGGCAGCGAUGCAUGGAAAUUCCUAAAGUGUAGGCAAACCGGCUGUGUUCAUCGCGCGCGUCCCGCGAGCGAUCGGCUUUUCUAACCGCUGUUUCGAGAUGUAUUAUAUUAUGUAAGAGAAUAUAUUAAGAAAAUUUGUACAAGUAUUUUUGUAGAAAAAUACAGAGAUCUUCUAUACAUAUCUUUGCCAUACUAUUAGUGUACUAACAAUUGGCAUAAGAAUGUGCUUUAGAAAAUGUUUUAUAGAACGAUUCAAAUUACGUAAAAUGUAAGUGUAAUUUGCAUCAAAAUAAAAUUCAUAUAAUUUUUGUUAAAUCCGAUUGCUGUCUACGAAAAUAGAACAAUGUAAAAAUGGAGACACCAACUCUGUUUGUAGGAAAAAAAUAUAUAUUUUAUGUCUUUUUUA